AUGGUUUCACGCGCCGAGCUCGCCGACCACCCUCUCCCUCACGCCCGUUCCCUCUCGCAGUCUCGAGCCGCGCCCUCUGUCGUCUCCCGGACCUCACGAUCGAGACACCACAACCGGGGCCGCUCGCAGUACGGGGGCUCUUCUCAUGUGCCGCAGAACGAGUUUCCCUUCUUCUCGCACACCGGGGACGUCGAGAUAGUCGUUUCCUGCGAUGGACAAGAGAAGAGGUACCUUCUACACAGUUUCACACUGGCGCAAUUCUCGGGCUUCUUUCAGGCCAGCACGAGCGAACAAUGGUCUCGAGGCCAACCGCAACUAAAUGGCCACAAUGUCCCGUCUGCUUCACGACCUGAUCAGGUCCUGAGUGCCAUCGGAGAGGAGUCGUCUCAAGUCAGCUCGACUCCUGGGCCUUCCAUUCCUGCCCCUCCACCUCGAGCAGCAGCAGCAGCACCACCACCAACACUGGCACUGACUCCGAAUCAAAGGAGGAGAUGGAGGUUUGAACUCGACUGGGAGGAUCUCGAGGAGGACGAAGAGCCUAUCUUGGUCCAGAAGACGCCUGAGGGCAGUCUUUUUUCUGCUGCAGUCGUGCCACCGCCGCCACUUUCUCCGCCAGAACGUCCACGGCAUCAACCCAUUCACUCGUCCUUUUUCCGUUCCAUGGCCAAUCUGACCUUUUCCCAUCACGGCCCGGCGACUCAAUCCAGUGCACAACUCGCAGUGGCUGCCCCCGAUCCAUGUCUCACGAACCCGCUGCUCAGAGACUACGACAACCUGUUUCGCAUUUUCUACAACUACGCUCCAGUCCUCAACUCCUCCAACAUCGCCUCCGCCUAUUCCGAAUGCAAGGCUCUUCUGUCCCUCGCCGACAUGUACGAUGCUCUUUCCGUAGUUGGACCUCGGAUCGACCAUCACCUCCUGCGUUUCUCGUCCCGGCUCUUCAAGCAGAUUGCCAAAUAUCCGCCGUCAUAUCUCAAACUGGGCUACCUUGCACGGAGUCGGACCAUCUUCUCAGAAGCGCUGACCCACGUCGUAGGCCAAUGGCCAGCCGCCCUGCCAUACAUCAAGCCGCCCAAUCACUCUGGUGCCGGAUACGAAGUGCCUCAGUCGGUCAUUGAUUUGAUCGAAGACAAAGUCGACGAACUGGAGGAGUUGAAGCAGAAGGUCGAGACGAAGCUGUUCAGGUUGACUCUGACCACCACGCGCGGGGAGAGGGUCAAUCCGGCCAAUGACUAUCUAGGCUGGUUGGCCGUCAGUCUCUGGCGCCAAUGGUUGGCCGAGAAUACGGCGCCCGAGAUUCGAGGGAUCUUGAAAAACAGCCCAAAUUCACGACCCGGGAGCGGGCAUGCGAAUGCGAACAUAUCACAGAGUCCCCAUGGCCGACCACUGCCGCAGGGAACGGUCGCCCCGAAUUCCAUGCCCCCGCCUCCUCCCUAUCAGCCUCAUGCGCCCGCGCCCUCAGCCAUCAAUACGGGUCGCAUCUUUCGUCUGAUCGGUUCUUCAAACCCCGACACGUUCCUGGCUCAUGAUGAGCUCAAACGGUUCCUCAAGCUCUCGCCGCCGGGCUCUUCUCACUCUCUUUAUACGCGCGACAAUCUCCGGCGAUUUGAGCGCAAGAUCGACGAGAUCAAGAACGUCGCGCGGGACAUUGUGAAGCCCUUGACCCGGAACUGCCUCGAACUGGAUUUGAGGAGUCUGAGUGACGGCGGGGGUGGAGGACUGGGCUACCUGACGUGUAUGAGGUGUGAGGAAGACGAAUUGCCCUGGGAGCUUUGA